AUGCCUCCGGCUCGAAGCCUCCGUACAAGGGGCACCAUGAACGAGAAUGAUGAGAACGGUCCUUCGACGCGUCUGACACGGGCCAAGGCCGCUGCUCUCUCCGCUGGCGACGUCCCGACUGCCAAUGCUGCCGCGAAGAAGCCCCUUCAGACAAAGAAGGCCGCCACAACUACUACCGCCGCUGGAACCCAGCGGAGACGUGCUGCUCUUGGCGAUGUGAGUAACGUCACCAAGGGAGAGACCGCCGACACCAAGGAAUCCAAGAAGCCCGCCACCAAGGUUGGUCUGACCUCGAAAGCUACAAUGCGAUCCGGGGGCGUCCAGAAGCUGUCGCAGACCAACUCGUCCCGUACCGCGCUGGGACAGAAGGACACCAACACGAAGAAGUCCCAGCAGGAUGCCAAGGGAACUGGAUUGGGUAGUGGACAGAUGAAGCGGUCGGCCAGCCAAAAGUCGAUAGAGAAGACCCUGCAGCAGGAGGAGCCGCCCCGUAAAAAGCAGGACGUGGAGAAGAAAACUCAGGAGAAGAAGGCAGCCGCAUCCACAGUUGCUCCCGUUGUGGAGGAAACCGAGGAAGCUGUUGAGGCUGCUGCUUUGGGCAAGCUCCCGCCGGGUGUGGAGGACCUGGAUGCUGAAGACCUGGAUGACCCCUUGAUGGCCGCGGAGUAUGUGGUUGAGAUCUUUGAUUACUUGGCGGACCUCGAGCUGGAGACGCUACCCAACCCUCACUACAUCGACCAUCAACCCGACCUCGAAUGGAAAAUGCGCGGUAUUCUUGUCGACUGGCUCAUUGAGGUCCACACGCGUUUCCGCCUUCUCCCUGAAACCCUCUUCCUUGCCGUCAACAUCAUCGACCGUUUCCUUUCCGCGGAGGUCGUGGCUCUGGACCGCCUGCAGCUGGUCGGUGUGGCCGCUAUGUUCAUCGCGUCGAAGUACGAAGAGGUCCUCUCCCCUCACGUGGCCAACUUCAGUCACGUCGCCGACGAGACCUUCACGGACAAGGAGAUCUUGGAUGCCGAACGUCACAUUCUUGCCACUCUUGAAUACAACAUGAGCUUCCCCAACCCUAUGAACUUCUUGCGCCGCAUCUCCAAAGCCGACAACUAUGACAUUCAGACCCGCACCCUCGGAAAGUAUCUUAUGGAAAUCAGCCUUCUCGACCAUCGUUUCAUGUGCUACCGACAGAGCCAUGUGGCUGCUGCGGCCAUGUACCUGGCCCGCCUGAUCUUGGAGCGCGGUCCUUGGGAUGCCACUCUGGCCCACUACGCCGGGUAUACGGAAGAACAGAUCGACCCUGUCUUCCGCUUGAUGGUGGACUACCUCCACCGCCCCGUCUGCCACGAAGCCUUCUUCAAGAAGUAUGCCAGCAAGAAGUUCCUGAAGGCAUCCAUCCUUACUCGGCAAUGGGCCAAGAAAUACCACUCGUUGUACAUCGACAGCUCCCUCAGUCAAGCGUACAAGUACACCAAAGAUCACGAAUAG